CACACAGCUGAUAACCGUAAACACGCUAAACACACACACACACACAGCUCAUAAACGCAAACACACUGCACGCGCGCGCAUACGCACACUGCUAGCGUACAGACACACACUCGCACGCUCAAACACACCCUCAGGGGGCCACCAUGGCGAACGUCGCGACGCACAUGGCCAGGAGGAAGGCCAGGGACGAUGGCGAGGGGACCAACGAGAGGGCCAUCCCGUUCAACAAGCAGGACUUCCAGACGCUGCGGGACCAGUGCCUGCGGAGCAGGGCCCUCUUCUGCGACGACACGUUCCCUGCUCAGCCCGACUCGCUGGGGUACAACCAGCUGGGCCGCUACUCCCCUAAAACCCGGGGCGUGGUGUGGAAGAGACCCACGGAGCUUUGUUCAAACCCACAGUUCAUUCUCGGUGGAGCGCAAAGAACGGACAUCUGCCAAGGAGCCUUGGGAGACUGCUGGCUGCUGGCUGCCAUUGCCUCCCUGACCCUGGAUCAAGACAUCCUGGCCCGUGUGGUCCCUCCUGGCCAAAGCUUUCAGGAGAACUAUGCUGGGAUCUUUCACUUCCAGUUCUGGCAGUAUGGCGAGUGGGUGGACGUGGUGAUCGACGACAGGCUGCCCACCAAAGACGGAAAGCUGCUGUUCGUCCACUCGGCCGAGGGCUCUGAGUUCUGGAGCGCCCUGCUGGAGAAGGCCUAUGCUAAGGUGAAUGGCUCCUAUGAGGCCUUGUCGGGGGGGUCCACAACAGAGGGCUUUGAGGACUUCACCGGGGGCAUUUCAGAGAUUUACGAGCUGAGCAAAGCACCCCCGUUCCUCUUCAAAAUCAUCCAGAAAGCCCUUAGCCGGGGGUCCUUGCUCGGUUGUUCCAUCGAUAUCACCAGUGCGAAUGAGACGGAGGCCAUAACUCGGCAGAAGCUGGUGAAGGGACACGCCUACUCCCUCACUGCAGCUGAGGAGGUACACUUGCAUGGAACCCCAGUGCAGCUGGUGAGGAUCAGGAACCCCUGGGGUCAGGUGGAGUGGACUGGACCCUGGAGUGACAACUCCAGAGAAUGGGACGGCGUCCGCCCAGAUGAGAAAGCCAAGCUGGACUAUUCAGCCGACGACGGAGAGUUCUGGAUGGCAUACUCAGACUUCCUCAGGCAGUACUCUAAGCUGGAGAUCUGUAAUCUCACGCCAGACACACUCACCAGUCCCGAGGUCGGCCGCUGGAGUCACUGCCAGUUUGAGGGGACCUGGAUGGUGGGCUCCACCGCGGGGGGCUGCAGGAACUACCAGGCCACCUUCUGCUCGAACCCGCAGUUCCAGAUUCGGCUGGACGACGUGGACGACGACCCUCACGACGGGGAGGACGGCUGCAGCUUCCUGGUGGGACUCAUGCAGAAGGACGGGCGCAAAGAGCGGCGUUUCGGACGGGACCUCAACACCAUCGGCUUCGCCAUAUACGAGAUUCCUGAUGAGUAUAAGGGACGCUCUAAUGUGCACCUGGGACCGGACGUGUUGCUGCGGCAACGCGCCGUUGCCAAUAGCUCCACCUUCAUCAACAUGCGCGAGGUGUGCGACCGCUUCAAGCUCCCGCCGGGCGAGUACGCCAUCGUCCCCUCCACCUUCGAGCCCCACAAGAAGGGCAGCUUCAUCCUGCGGGUCUUUUCCGAGAAGCAGGCUGCAGCCAGCCCCAUGGAAGAGGAUAUCAAUGCAGAUGUUGACGAGCCCAAAAUCAAAGACAGUGAUGUGGACCCCCAUUUCAAACACCUGUUCAUUCAGAUUGCUGGAAAUGAUUCUGAGAUUUCCGCUGCUGAACUUGUUCAAAUUCUCAACAGAGUGGUUUCGCAAAGAACUGAUAUCAAGACAGAUGGAUUUGGCCUGGAAACCUGCCGUCAAAUUGUCAGCCUUUUUGACUCAGACGGGAGUGCCAAGCUGGGCCUGGUGGAGUUCCAUCUUCUGUGGGAGAAGAUCCAGAGAUACCUGGAAGUGUUCAAGAGCUACGAUUCAGACAAAUCUGGCACCAUGAGCAGCCACGAGCUGAGAGGAGCUCUUACUGAAGCAGGGUUCCAGCUGAACAGCGCUGUUCUCGAGGUCAUAGUCGCCCGCUAUGCUGACGCUGAGUUCGCCAUAGACUUUGACUGCUUUGUGAGCUGCCUGAUCCGGCUGGAGUUGCUUUUUAAAAUUUUCAAAACACUUGACAAGAAGAGCGCUGGGAAGAUUGAGCUGGACGUACAGCAGUGGCUAUGCCUGGGAGCGGCUCGAAAAAUGUCCGGAAUUGCGAAGAAGCUUAAGCGGAACCGAGCCCGGGCUGAGGGCAUUGGCACGAAAGAACAAGCCUUGAAGUACUUAAAGCAGGAUUACGAGACGUUGAGGCAGAAUUGUCUGGAAUGUGGGCAGCUGUUCCAGGAUGAAACUUUCGAUGCAGUCCCGGCCUCCCUGGGUUUCAAAGAUCUUGGACCCAACUCCUACAAAGUGAGAGGUAUCACCUGGAGCCGGCCCACGGAGUUGUCUUCCUGUCCACAGUUUAUUGUGGGAGGGGCUACCAGGACGGAUAUCUGUCAGGGGGCUCUCGGCGACUGCUGGCUCCUGGCUGCCAUCGCCUCGUUGACGCUGAAUGAGCAGGUGCUCGCUCGAGUGGUUCCUCCUGGACAGAGCUUCCAAGAGGGCUACGCUGGGAUUUUCCACUUCCAGUUCUGGCAGUUUGGAGAUUGGGUGGACGUGGUGAUCGACGACAGGCUGCCCACCAAAGACGGAAAGCUGCUGUUCGUCCACUCGGCCGAGGGCUCAGAGUUCUGGAGCGCCCUGCUGGAGAAGGCCUACGCUAAGCUGAAUGGGAGCUACGAGGCGCUCUCGGGGGGGUCCACCACCGAAGGGUUCGAGGAUUUCACGGGGGGCAUCGCGGAGGUGCACGAGCUACAGAAGCCCAACCCCAACCUCUUCAAGAUCAUCCAGAAGGCACUGCUCAGGGGCUCCCUGCUGGGCUGCUCCAUCGAUAUCACCAGUGCGGCCGACACCGAGGCCAUCACGUCACAGAAGCUGGUGAAGGGCCACGCCUACUCCGUUACUGCGGUUAAUGAGGUGAGAUAUGAGGGGGACAUGGUGAAGCUGAUUCGCAUCCGGAACCCCUGGGGUCAGGUGGAGUGGACCGGGCCCUGGAGCGAUGGAUCCAUGCAGUGGCAGCAGGUCAGUGAUGAGGACAGAGGGAGGCUCAGCAACAAAUCGGAGGACGGAGAGUUUUGGAUGUCGUUCUCCGAGUUCCUGCGGCAGUAUUCCCGGGUGGAGAUCUGCAACCUCUCGCCGGACGCGCUCACCGAUGACGAUUACAAGAAGUGGUCGCUCUCCAAGUUUGAGGGGACCUGGCGGCGUGGCUCCACCGCUGGGGGGUGCCAGAACUAUCAAAGCACCUUCUGGACGAAUCCCCAGUUUGUGAUCAAGCUGGACGAGGAGGACGACGACCCGGAUGACAAUGAGGUGGGCUGCAGCUUCCUGGUGGGCGUGAUCCAGAAGAACCGGCGCAGCAUGAGGAAGAUCGGGGAGGACAUGCACACCAUCGGCUUCUCCAUCUACGAGGUUCCUGCUGAGUUUGCAGGGCAGAGGAACGUCCACCUCAACCGGAACUUCUUCCUGCAGCACGCGACCAAGGCGCGGUCAGAGACCUUCAUUAACCUGCGGGAGGUGUGCAACCGCUUCUGCCUGCCCCCGGGGGAGUACCUGAUCGUGCCCUCCACCUUCGAGCCGCACAAGAACGGGGACUUCUGCGUGCGCGUCUUCUCCGAGAAGCAGGCAGACUUCCAAGAACUGGAUGACCCUGUUGAGUAUAAGGUUGAAGAGGAAAGCAUAUCUGAAGGCGACGUUGAUGACAAGUUUCGGAAACUCUUUUCUCAACUGGCAGGACAAGACUGUGAAAUUUCAGCUUUUGAGCUGAGAAAUAUCCUGAACAGAGUGAUCACCAAGCGUGAGGAUCUUAAAACCGACGGAUUUAGUCUGGAAACCUGCCGCAACAUGGUCAACCUGCUGGAUACAGAUGGAACUGGAAAACUGGGCCUGGUGGAGUUCAAGAUCCUGUGGAACAAAAUAGAAAAAUACCUGAAAUUCUACCAGGAUAAGGACACAGACAAGUCAGGCACCAUAAGCUCCACGGAGAUGCGUAUGGCUGUGGAGAUAGCAGGCUUCUCCCUGAAUAAUGCCCUUCACCAGAUCCUGGUGGCCCGCUACAGUGACCCUGACCUCACCAUCGACUUCGACAACUUUGUGAGCUGCCUGAUCCGCCUGGAAAGCAUGUUCAAAACAUUUAAAACGCUGGACAAGGACAAUUCGGGGGAGGUGGAGUUGGAUCUUGUGCAGUGGCUGAAUAUAUCUCUGCUGUAAGUGCCUGAGGACAAGUCUCAGCUGCAGGAAGGUGUUCUGGACUGGCUACAUGCACAAGAUCAAGAGCCUGUCCUGGACAGAGACGGUGAACCCAGUCCUGCCUGGCCUUAGAUGACUGAACAUUCUCUGCCUGCACGCCGUCUUCUCUGCAGUUUGUUUUAAAACAGGACUGAUCCCACCUUCAGUCCCAGGGAAAACAACGUAAAAGAAGCACAGAAAAGCCGUAUAUCUUUACAGAAAAUAAUAAAAUGGAAAAUGGAUAUCUGUAGGGUGUCUUGGGUUUAGGAGGUGGGUUUCUAGUUUGCUUUGCUUUUAGACUGAUACUGAAAACUUAAAUUAAUUCAAAAUUAUUGAAUGUAUUGCAGUGCAAUAAAAUCACUUUGAGAUUGUA